GUUGGCCGCAAGAAGAAGACUGCUGCCACUACCACCAAGAAGGAUGGAGAGGAAGGUGAUGAGGCAGCACCAGCUGUUCCUGAGGAGACCAAGAAGAGCAACCACGUUCAGAGGAAGAUUGAAAGCCGUCAAGAGUCUCGCACCCUUGAUUCGCACAUUGAGGACCAAUUUGCAAGUGGACGUUUGUUGGCUUGUAUCUCAUCAAGGCCUGGCCAAUGUGGACGUGCUGAUGGAUACAUCUUGGAAGGUAAAGAGUUGGAGUUCUACAUGAAGAAGAUCCAGAAGAAGAAGGGCAAGGGUGCUGCUUAGAUUCUGUUCUAUGCUUUUGUCUUACAACAUGUUUUAAAGUUUUCAGUUUCAAUUGUCUGAGAAACUAUGUUUUUGGAUUAGCUUGUCGUGGUAUUUUCCUUAAACUCCCCAUCAGUUAUUAUGGUACAAUUACAAUGGUUUUGUCUCGGAUCUCUUUUUUAUUUAUAUUGUUACUGAUGAA